AUGUUCGUCGAUCCAGAGAUUCUGGACGCCUUGGAUGAGGAGCAGAAGCAAAUUUUAUUUAUAAAAAUGCGCGAAGAGCAAGUGAAACGCUGGAAGGCGUACGAAGAAAAAUAUGAACGGGAGCAUCCUUUCCCGAAAAAACGGUGGCUUACUGGAGCAGAUGGAGAAGUUUGGGUUUGGGUAAUGGGAGAACAUAAGGACGAUUUAAGUUUAGAAGAGAUGAUUGAGAAGCGAGAAAUGGAAGAAGCUCGUCAACUAGCUGAGAAAGAGAUGUUGGAAAAUUUAUUUGUUUUUUUUUUUAACGAAGAUCCAGAUGAGCUGAGUAAAAGACAGUCGGAGAUUUACGAGAUGAUCAAAGAAAAGCGUCAAAAGAUUUUGAAAGAGGCGGAACGUGAGGCGGAGAGGGCAAAUCAUGAUUGGGAAGAACAAGAAAGGAAAGCGCGCGAAGCUGAAGCUCAAAUACGCCGAAUUGCUCAAAAGGCUCGAGAACAACACCGACAACAGAGUCUCCGUACUUCUACUUCUAUACUUCCUGCUUUGAAGGACACCAAUGCUGUGUCAUUGCGGGAGGCAAUUAAAAAUUUGCCAAGGCCGCCUAAACCGAAAUCACGUCAAGCGAUUGUCGACUGGUUUCGUGUUGAGGAACUGCCAAGAGGAACAGGGUUUGACCCUAAAACAAAUUUACCUGCGCCGUGGUUUCAUGGUAUCAUAUCACGGGAACAGGCCGACGAUCUUUUACGGAAGAAACCCUCUGGGUCAUUCCUUGUUCGAAUAUCUGAGCGUAUAUGGGGUUAUACGGUAUCUUAUGUUGUUGGUGAUGGCAACACAAAGCACUUCUUAAUUGAAAGGAUACCGGAAGGAUACCAGUUUUUAGGAACAAAUCAAGUGGUACAUCGACAUCUCUUCGAUUUAAUAACCUACCAUGAGACCGCCCCUAUCACUGUGAAAGGCAACGAAAUUUUAAAAUGGGCUGUAGGUCAAGUGUCUUCACCUCCAGAUUAUGCAGAGCUGGUCGAUUCGAAAUAUUCUGCAAAACAGCGUUAUAACACUCUUCCUUCGUCUUAUUAUAGGCGCGUUUGA